UCAGUCAGUUCCCCACUCGAUCUUCUUCCACGAGCUGCUGGUCUAGCUACUACCUAGUAGCUCCCAACUCGAUCGAUCGAUCCAUCCAUAUUGUCGAGGUGAUUCUCUCUCUCCAUUGAUCCCUCAGAUCAGCCUUCUCGUUGAGGGGAUCGAUCGGUGGAUGGAGAUGAUGUCCGCGGCGCAGGCGGCGACGUCGCAGCUGCCGCCGGGGUUCCGGUUCCACCCCACGGACGAGGAGCUCAUCCUGCACUACCUCCGCAACCGCGCCGCCUCGGCGCCGUGCCCCGUCCCCAUCAUCGCCGACGUCGACAUCUACAAGUUCAACCCAUGGGACCUCCCAUCCAAGGCUCUGUACGGCGACGGCGAGUACUACUUCUUCAGCCCUCGCGACCGCAAGUACCCGAACGGCAUCCGGCCCAACCGCGCGGCGGGGUCCGGCUACUGGAAGGCCACCGGCACCGACAAGCCCAUCCACGACGCCACCACCGGCGAGAGCGUCGGCGUCAAGAAGGCGCUCGUCUUCUACGAGGGCCGCCCGCCCAGGGGCACCAAGACCAACUGGAUCAUGCACGAGUACCGCCUCGCCGCCGCCAACAACCCGCUCGCCGCCGCCUACCGCCCGCCAUCCAAGUUCAGGAACGUCUCCAUGAGGCUGGACGACUGGGUGCUGUGCCGGAUCUACAGGAAGUCCGGCCAGGCGUCGCCGAUGGUGCCGCCGCUCGCCGACUACGAGCACCUGGACCACGACGACCCCAAUUCCUCCGGCGGCUUCGACGACCUCUGCGGCUUCGCCUACGCGCCCACCAGCAGCAGCGGUGCAACUAGCACGACCGCCAGCAGCGCGAUGAUACCACAGCCGCCGGCGCUGCUGCCGAGGCUUCCGAAGAUCCCCUCAAUCUCCGAGCUACUGGACGAGUACGCGCUCGCGCAGAUCUUCGACACCACCACGCCGGCCGAGCAGGACCUGCUCGCCGUGCACCCGUCCCUCAACCAGCUCCUCGCCGUCGGCGGCGACAGCAGCGCGCACCCCGACCUGACGACGAUCUACUCGCCGUCGACCCAGGCCGCCGGCGGGAAGCGCAAGGCCAUGUUGAGCCCGGACGACGAGUGCGCCGCGAUGAUCCACCCGCCGGCGGCGGCCAAGAGGCUCAACGGGUCGUGCUUCGACGCGCCGCAGCCGGCGGGCGGCUUGCCCGCGACGACGACGUCCGUGCUGGGCGGCCUCAACCAUCACAUGCUUCCUCAGUUCUAAUUGACUUUUAGUUCGGAAUGAACUGAUGAUGAUCAUUAAGAAGUCUACGGAUCCGUCACCUGCGGCGACAUGAGAAGAAAGAAUUCGGGUAUGCGCAUUAAAAUGGAUCGUGCGAUGAAGAAGUAUUGUAGUAUUGUACUAGAACUAGUAUUGAACAAGUACUACGCCUAGGCAUGCGAUUUUUUUCUCCUAUGUACUGUUGUAUGUACUAUUCAUUUCAGGCACAGUGCAAAGCUAGCUGGAGCUUGAUCUCAUUCUCAUCUCAUGUACUACUGCUUCUAGUUACGAGUAUAUGUAGCCACAUCAAUAAUGAUUCUUUACUGGAAAUUAAUUAAUGUAUACGGUAAAAGAUCAUUAGCUGCAA